AUGGCUGUCAAGGUGCUCGAAAUUCGCCCCCUCCAACCGCCCAACCCAGAUUCUGCCGUUGAUUUUGGCGUUGAGAUUCACAAUGCCGAUUUGGAGAAUCUCUCGGAAGCAGAUUUCCAGAUAAUCCGUAAUUCGCUCUACCAGUCUCACGUUGUCGUCCUGAAGAACCAACAUUCUCUCUCAGCAAAGGCGCAAUACCAACUCACCAAACGUUUCGAUCCUACCUCUGAGAGUUACGGCCACGGCAAAACUCUUGAUGCAAAGCGUUCUGUGCUCCAUCCGGAUCUCAAGACUAUUCCUUAUCAGCCUCAAGUCCAAGUCAUCGGCAAUGGUCUCUAUGACGAGUACGAGGGUUUGAAAAACAUCAAACUUGUCCAUCCUCACCACAAGACAUUCCACAAAGUCGCUAUUCCAGAGGAGGAUGACCUGGAAUUCACACGGUUUUACAGGUGGCACAUAGAUGCGGCGCUCUAUGCUCUAAAUCCACCUAAGGUCACUUCCCUCAUCGCCAUCAAGGUCCCAGCAGGUAGACGACAGACUCUCCGCUAUGAUGAUGGUACGGGUGAGGAGAUGGAUGUACCACUUGGGACCACGGCUUUUGUCUCCGGUCAGAACAUGUACAACAUCCUAAGCGAGGAGGACAAGGAGUUCGUCCGCAACGCUAAAGUCGAAUACGCUCCGCACCCCUACAUUUGGAUGUCUCCAGCAAAGAGCAGAUCGGAUGGCCUGGGAAUGGUGUCCGAAGGCACCGAGCUUCCUCUUUCCGAGCUUCCUCCUUUUGACGAGGCUGCCAUCAAGAUCCUGCCCAUGUGCUGGAAGAAUCCUGUCACGGGUAACCUGGCCCUUCAGAUCCACCCCAGCGCCAUUAAGGCUAUUCAUCUGCCCAAUGGGGAGGUGAUGACAGAUUUGAAGGAAGUCCGAGACUUGGUGCACCGCUUGCAGCGUCCUGCCAUCUCUCCCAAAUAUGUCUAUCCACAUGACUGGGAGGAAGGCGACUGCGUUCUGUUCAACAACCAGGGUGUGCUUCACUCAGUCGUUGGUGCUUUCAGCCCGGAGGAACAGCGACUAUUCAGACAGUGCAACCUGGCUUCAAGUGAGGGUGUUGAGGGACCAGAUGGGAAACUCUACUAG